AUGGAACAAAACAUCAUUCUCGAUACCGAUGUAGGAUUUGAUGAUGUUUUUGCCCUGUGUUUGCUGUUGUGGAAGAUGAGUAGUAGUGGUGGUGGUGGUGAUGAUGAUGAUAGAAAGAUGAUGAAUUUGAGAGCAGUAUCAACAGUGAAGGGUUUGCAAUUGGACACCAAUCACGCUGCUAGAAUUGUAGAAAGGAUAUUAAAUUCAUGUUCCGAUUUGAUUGUUGGUGAUGAUGAUCAUAAAUUUUCAUCAUUAAAUAUUGAUCCAGUGUCAUCCAUCAAGAUUUUCAGUGGAAGUCAAGAACGGAUACUACCAGAACAUGGUCAUUGUUUUAGUGAAGGAGAAUGGUUUACGAAGGAAUAUCAAUAUAAAACUGAUAAUAUGGCUGACUUGUUGGAAGCAUUACCUUUGCUAAAUUCGAAUAAGGAGUAUGAGAAAUUGAAUGACAUGUUAGAAUGGAUGAAAUCAUUCCCUGAUCAAUAUUUCACUCUGUUAUGCACUGGACCUCUGACUAACAUUGCAAAAUUAUUGGAAAUGGAUAGAGAAUUAAUAUUGAGGAAGGUUGGAAAACUUGUAAUUAUGGGAGGUUCAUUAUUUAAUGAACUGGAGCAGGAUGUUUUACUGAAUGGAAGUGAAUGGAAUUUCUAUUGUGAUGGAAAGGCAGCCGAAAUUGUAUUAGAGGCAUUUGGAACAAAGGUCGAGUUGAUGAGUAUUUAUGUGGCCAACUUGAGGGUUCUUAAUCAAGAACAGAUUAAGGAAUUAGCAAGUCAUGUCCACUCUGAUAGAGCUGUUCAGCAAGAUGAACUGGAACCAAUACGAAGAAUGCUCAAAAAGCUUCUCACCAUUUCAUUUGAUUCGUAUGCCUAUGAUCCUGUAGCUGCAACCUAUCUAUUCAAUCCAUCAUUCUUUGAAAUGAGAAAUGUAAAGGUAAAAGUUUAUUCCGAGAAACCUCUCGAAGGAUUAAUCAAAGAGGUGGAAUAUUUAAAAACUGACCUCGAAAGAAAUAGUGGCAAGGAAGUUGAAAUUACAGCUGCUUGCGGAUUCAAUAGAGAUGCGUUCUUUGAAAUGCUCAAAUCUCUAAUCGCUUAA